AGUACACAAUAAAAUAAAGCCGAUUUAUUGCCACACUUAUAUGGUCAAUGUACGACUUUUUGAUUCAGUGACUUCUGAAAUCCCAAAAAUGCAGUUUCACUCGUUCCGCGUUUUUUUCUGGUCUUUGUAUUUCCUAGCCCAACAAUUUGCCUCACAAUUGACGGAAAAUGUGGCAGACAAUGAUACGCUAGUAUUAUUACACGUCGUUUUUAGACAUGGUAACAGGACUGCGAACGGUCCGGAAGAAUUAUAUCCCAAGGACCCGUAUUUAAACGAGACGUAUUUUCCAUUCGGGUUAGGCCAACUCACUAAUGCAGGAAAAGUUGGCCUAUAUUCAAUUGGGAAAGCGUUGCGAAAGCGGUAUAAUAAUUUUUUGGGGCCUUUCUACCACCCUGAACUAGUCGAGGGUUGGAGUACCGAUUACAAUCGGACGAAAAUGUCCCUAGAGUUAGUUUUUGCGGGGUUGUUUCCGCCCCAGAAGGAGGAAAUGUGGAACCAGGACCUGCCAUGGCACCCCAUUCCUUACAAUUAUUACCAAAGAUCCGAUGAUAAGGUUUUACUAGGGAUGACGUGUCCGCCUUAUAUGGAAUUGUAUGACACGGAACUUAAGUCUGAGAAAUAUCAAAACAAAGUUAGUAAAUACAAAGAAAUAUUUGCCUACAUUUCCAACAAUACUGGUCUAAAUGUGACCACAUUUCUCGACGUUUAUAAUCUCUAUUUCGGACUGUCGACAGAGGAGGAAUGGGGUUUUGAGUUACCCGAAUGGACUAAGCCAUUGUGGCCUAAGACAAUUGUCGAUUUAAGUAUUCAGGAAUAUUUCACAGCGACUGCCACAACAGAGAUGAGUCGCAUGGCUUGUGGUUAUUUUUUGCAAAAACUGAUCGCGGAUACGAAUACAAAAAUUCAGACUAACAGUGGUCGAAAAAUUUAUUUGUAUUCAGGCCACGAGAACAACAUAGCCGAGUUGUUGCUCCUUCUUGGGAUUUUCGAACCGUUACACAUCCCUGAAUAUGGCUCGUAUCUCACUUUCGAAGUGCAUAAAAUUGGCGACGAAUUCGGAAUUAAAAUUUAUUAUGAAAAUUAUACCGGGGAUGGACCCAAGUUGAUGAAACUGCCAGCCUGUGAGACUUUUUGUGAAAUCUCAAAGUUCCUGUCUUUGAUUGACGAAUAUAUGCCGGUUGACGACCCUUGUAGCAAAUGACAAAAAUUAUAGGUGCUUACAUUUUUAGCACGUAUUGAAAUUUGGAGAUUAUUGUCGUUUUGUAAAUAAAAUAUUUAUUAUCUGAA